AUGGCACCCACAAAGCCCACCCCGACAGCCCAGCCGUCGACUCCUCGCGCGAACCGCCAGGCAGUCCUCACCGGCAGGAUCGACGAUGUUCGCAGCAGCAGCCCCAACACUCCCUGCAACCAGAGGCCCAAAGGAUUCAGAAACGGCGGCGGUAGUAAAUACGGCCGGUGCCCAAACUGCCAGAUCGGCCGCCGUGAGCGAAGCCGUUUCAACCCGCUCGGCCUCUCACCGCACAAGGGGAGAUUCCGCUUCGUCUGCAGCAAACGCAACGGCAACCCGCCUUGCAAUUAUUCCGAGGUUCUCGCUUCAGAUCCGGCUGACAACCCGGCUGCUUACUCGGGUGUGGCUCAGUCGAUCGAGGUUGACAACAACGAGGAAGAGGACGACGACGACCAUUCCAUCAUUUCGCCUUCCAGAGCCCGCAAGAACAGGACCAAGGCCAACAGUCGGGCUGCGCCGUCGGGCACUAUCAGCAAGGACUUCCGGAACAUGGAUGCGGGCAAGGACUCGUCCCAGCAGAAGCUGGGCUGUCCCCAGUGCAUGAAGGGGCAACUGGUCCAGAAAUGUCGCGAUACGUUCCACUUCCGUGAGACGGUCCUGGUCUGCGAGAAGGUCUGGAAUGGUAACGAAGCUGGCGGUGGCUGCGGCUACAGCAUGAACCUCGGCAGCAAGCCUAUCGGUGGCAACGACGAUGCUGAUUACCACGACGGCGACGACGACGUGGAGAUCACCAAGGUUGUCGAGACUCCGGACGCCGCCAAGAAGAAGGACCUGAAACACGGGGUCACUAUCUCUGGGCGGAAGAAGAAGAGCAUGGACGACUGGAUUUUCGAAGAGCGCGAGAGAGCAAUGGAGAACCCAUUUGCUGCGGCCGUCAUGGCCGGCCCGCCGGCGGACAAGAUCAAGCAGAAGCCCAAGAGGAAGAUCGUGGUGGACUUGACCUCGGACGACGAGCUGCUGGGCACCUCCCCUGUCCGAAGGCCGAAGUUCUCAGCGGGUGCAAACCAUACCAUGGUGGGAGGCGCUAUCGGCGCCCAUGCGCCUAUUCUCAUCGAGGACGACGACGAGCCCAAGGCUGCGGCGGAGUUCGAGGAUCUCGGCUCGGACGACGAGCUGCAGCUAAUUCAGCUGGCGGACAAGGCUGAAGACGCACGCGACGACUUGGAUGAGGACGACGUGCUCGAGCUCAUCCAGAUGGCCGACAAGGCGGUUGCCACUAUGUCUUCUCAGUAGGGCCGCUGCUGACGACGCCGGAUCUACUCGCACAAGAGAUCCUGUUUCGGGAGCGUCUGUAUUCUGUUCCUGCGGUAUGCGCUUCGUCGACUGAACAACAGGUCUGGGACCUUGGGUGGAGGAAUUCAACGUUCUUCUUCGUUCGUCAUU